GAAAAACCCACCUCCUAGAUCUAACCAUCUGCACUACAAUGUUUCCAAGCGUCCGCAACUCGACCAAAAAGGUCCAGAAAUCCCUCAAUCGAUCUGGGCACAUCGAUAACAAUCGACUGGCUACUUGUUGGUUCGAAGUCUCGCAACUCUUUGCCGCCAGAGCCGCCCCCAGUCAAGAUGAGUUUUGGACGACUUUCGCGGUGGUCUUUAAUCAGUCGGGCCUUUCAGACUCUGCUCCUGUAGAUCAAGUCAUCCUUCGUGAAAGAUGGGAAAAAAUAAGAGUAGAUACGAUCGAGUUUGCAAAAUACUAUCAAGAAGUGAAGCCACGUUACCAAGAAUCGGAGAAGGCAUUAGUCGGAUUAGCGAUGGAUAGAUUCGCAGAAAGCCAAGGAUAUGAGUUCGGAUUCCAUUACCUAUGGGAGACGCAGCUUCGAUAUCGAGACGACUGGAUGGCGGAGGAGGAGACGGGUGACGAGUGGGAAGAUGAGAGUGACGGAAGCAGACCAGAUUCCUCAGUGGAAGUGCGAGCCGGCGGACGGAUGGACAAGAUCGACCCUUCGUUGAAUGCUCGACCACAUGACGGCCAAGCUGGGGCAGGAAAGCUCCCGGCGGUGGAAACGGCGGGCGAUGGAGGGCCGGAUAGCAUUGAGCAGCUGCAGCUCGUGCUCCAAGCACUCACCGAUAGACUGGAAUCCAAUGCUGCCGGAAUCAGCGGAAUAAAACCAGCAGCGGCGAAGACGCCGUCGGCCCAAGCGUCCAACAAGAACAUCCCCGCCAGACCCGCACACGAUACGCUCUUGAUCAACCAGACUGCAAAAUCGAUCGACAAGAUGUACGAGGAGAACGACAAAGAGUGCAACCGGAUCGACCAGGCCCGGCUGGCUCUGGAGCAAGACCAGAUCGACAUCGACAUCAUCAACACCGAUCUUGCCCUCCUUCCCGACGACGAAGCCCGCCUAUACUAUCGCGCCAAAAAGGAAGCCAUCCUUGCCGCCCUGAUCCAGGCUCAACCUAUCCGCAACCCUGCUUCGUCUGUUCCCGCCUCCUCCUCCUGGUAA